CUACUGAAAGUCUGAAACCACCAGCCCACCACCUCAACUAAUCUUCCAUUUCUCUCUCCCUUCAAACCAACGAUUUCCUGUACUGGUACAGAGGAGGAAGUACUUGUUUGGUAGACAUAGGUGCAUACAUCCUUACCUAUAAGCGUCUUUUCAGAGUGUGGAUCUGUUGAGUUGAGGGAUUUCAGGUGAGGAAGAAUGACAGGCAGACAGCUGGUGGUGAUUCAGCCUCCUGAACUCAAGUUCACUUUUGAGGUGACGAAACAAAGCUCAUGUGUUGUUCACUUAACCAACAUUACAGAUCAAUAUGUAGCUUUUAAGGUGAAGACAACAUCACCUAAGAAAUACUGUGUGCGACCCAAUAUAGGCAUCAUCAAGCCAAAAGCAACACUUGAUUUCAGAGUUACUAUGCAAGCUCAGAGUGCAGCUCCAUUUGAUAUGCAAUGCAAGGAUAAAUUUUUGGUUCAGAGCACAGUUGUCCCCUUUGGGAAGAUGGAGGAAGUUAUGCCUGAAAUGUUCGCAAAAGAUGAAGGGAAGUACAUCCAAGAGAACAAGUUAAGGGUCUUUCUGAUCAGCCCACCUCAGUCUCCAGUUUUGCAGCCUGUUAAUGGAGUCCUAAAGGAAGAGUCUCCAGACAAUACUUCGAUUUUGAAGGAAAAGUUGCCAAUUGGAGUUGAAAACCUACCUCCACCUCAUACGCUAAUUGAUAACAGUGAGGAUACCAAAAAUGCUGCUGGCAAAGAGGAUCCAAGGUUAGGAAAUGUUAUGGAAAUUGCAGACUUGGCACAUCCUAAGAAUGAUAUCAGUAGUGAUGAGCUUGCAGAAUCAAGUUCUUUGGAGGAUGUUACUACAAUGAAAGUGACGUUUUCCAAAAACUUUGAGGAGAUGAAGGCAAAACUAGGUGUAGAGCGAAGAUCUGUGGAGGAUGUGGAAACAACAAACGUAACGUUUUCCAAAAACUUUGAGGAGAUGAAGGCAAAACUAGGUGUAGAGCAAAGAUCUGUGGAGGAUGUGGAAACAACAAAUGUAACGUUUUCAAAAGACUUUGAGGAGGUGAAGGCAAAGCUAGGUGCAGAGCAAAGAUCUCUGGAGGAUGUGGAAGCAACAAAAGUAACAUUUUCAAAAGACUUUGAGGAGUUGAAGGCAAAGCUAGGUGUAGAGCCAAGAUCUGUGGAGGACAUGGAAACAAUAAAAGUGACAUCUUUAAAAGACUUUAAGGAGUUGAAGCCGAAGCUAGGUGUAGAACCAAGAUCUCUGAAUGGUUUGGAAUCAAUAAAAGUAGCAUUUUCCAAAGACACUGAGGAGUUGAAGCCAAAGCUACAGGCAGAGUUAAUAUCAUCUGAGGAUGUAGAAACAAAAAAAGUAACAUUUUCCAAAGACAUUGAGGAGUUGAAUGCAAAGCUAGGUGCACUGAAUUCAAAGCUAGGUGCACUGAAUUCAAAGCUAAUUGAGGCGGAACAUGCAAUUUCAAAGCUAAACCAAGAAAAGGAAAAUAUUGCUCUAGAGAAGGAAAAUCUAAAGCGGGAAUUGGUUUUGUUUAGGAAAAAGACAGGUGUAAGGAAAGUUCAAGUGGGAUUUCCCCCUCUAUUUCUUUGCAUGACAGCACUGGUAGGUUUGGCUGUGGGGUUCCUCUUGCGUGCUUAAUGGAAGAGAACGUCAUGAUUCCAGACCGGGUUGUUGGAAGCUUUUCGGAAGUUAAGUUAAACCCCUUUACUCACUCUUAAACAUGUGUAACUGUAGCAGUGGUAUUGUACUCUUGUCGAUUAUUCAAAUGGGGAAAUGCUUUCCUGAAUUGAAUGGUGAAGACUGAAGAGGUCCUUCUAUAUUUUUUUAAUAAGAUAAAUAUUGCAUGUGAAAUGUGUU